AUGUCCGACACCGAACCUCAGCCUGUCAUCUUCAAGCGCCGCGGCGACUACGACUUCGUCACCAUGGCCUUCGUCGGAAAGGCCGUUCGUUACCAGACCAGGGCCGAGAAGGGAGGCGUCAUCACCCUCGACAUUGACGAGCACCCGUGGUGGAUCGUGCUCGACCAAGAGCCGGGCAACUUCACUUGCAACAUGACCCUUCUCCUCGUCGCCGACAUCUGCGACGCCGUCAACCACGGCACCAGGCUUGUCGCGGCUGCUUGGGUGGAGGAAUGCCUCGAGAUGGGCAAGGAGACCUGUGCCCGGAAGUACUACAUCGACCUCCCUCCCCACCCUGACACCCUCGACAAGAAGAAGAAGAAGAAGGAGAAGAAGAAGGGUGCGGUGAUGGUUACCGAUGCCUAG